AUGAGCAGGAAUGUCACCACAAACCCUGAAUUUAUUCUCUUGGGACUAACUCAGCGCCUGGAGCUUCAGGUCCUAUUCUUUGUCCUCUUUCUGACCAUCUACGUAAUCACUGUGGUGGGCAACCUGGGGAUGAUGGUGUUAGUGCAAAUCACUCCCAGGCUUCACACACCCAUGUACUUUUUCCUGAGUCACUUAUCUUUUGCAGACCUCUGUUUCUCUUCCAAUGUGAGUCCUAAGAUGCUGGAGACUUUCAUAGUGGAAAAGGCCACCAUCUCCUACUCAGCCUGUUUGGUGCAAUGUUACCUUUUCAUUGCUUUGGUCCAUGUGGAAAUCUACAUCCUGGCUGUGAUGGCCUUUGACCGCUACAUGGCCAUCUGCAAUCCUCUGCUCUAUGGCAGCAAGAUGUCUCCCACUGUCUGCACCUCUCUCAUCUCAGUGCCCUAUGUCUAUGGCUCCCUCACAGGCCUCAUGGAGACCAUGUGGACCUACAGCUUAUCAUUCUGUGGCCCCAAUAAGAUUAACCAUUUCUACUGUGCUGACCCUCCUCUCAUCAAGUUAGCUUGUUCUAGUACUUACAACAAAGAACUCUCUAUGUUUGUUGUUGCUGGGUUUAACUUUACUUUUUCCCUGCUCAUCAUUCUUAUCUCCUAUCUGUACAUCUUCCCAGCUAUCCUCAGACUUCGCUCUGCUGACAGCACGCGCAAGGCCUUCUCUACUUGUGGUUCCCACCUGACAGCUGUUACUAUAUUUUAUGCAGCUCUUUUCUUCAUGUAUCUCAGACCACCCUCAGAGACAUCUGUGGAGCAAGGGAAAAUGAUGGCUGUGUUUUAUACCACUGUGAUCCCCAUGUUGAACCCCUUGAUCUACAGCUUAAGGAACAAAGAUGUGAAAGAAGCCUUAAAGAAAGAACUCUUCAGAAAAGACCUCUCCAAAUAA